GGAGUUGCUCCAGCGGCACCUCGAGAAAAUAAAGGGUGAAUUACCAUGCAUGGUCACUUAACUUUGAUUCCUAACAAUAUUACCACUGACUUUUACACUCAAUAAAAAAAUGUACACCAAAAUGUUCAUUUGGUCGUUUCAGUUAUUUGAAUUUUAAAGCAGACAAAUCGCCAUAAAACAAAUUUUAUUUCUGUUUAAGAAGACGAUUCAUUAACCCUAUUUGUGUAAUCUUUUCCAGAACAUAAAAGAUACACAGCAAAAACCUAACCUAAAGCAUUAUAACCUGACCAACUUGCACGAAAUGUUAUCUUCAUCCUUCUCCCUUCCAGCAAUUUUUUUAACCAAAAUCAUUAUACCAAAAUCGAGAGCCCUAAACCACAACCAUUUGUACAAAAGCCUAAUAAGGUUAAAUGAUACAUGCUGAUUAUGAUCGAAACAUAACAUAAUAUGCGUAUGCCAUUGCCAUGUUUCACACUCAUACACUUCCCACCCUGUUUUAGGAUCGAGCAGAACGAGUUGUAUAGCAUCAAGUAAGGAUUAAACCCUGAAGAAUUCUGGGGGUUUAAUUCAAUCUCCUUCUAUGGAGGUAAAUGAAUAUAUACGAUACAACACAAGCUCCAUCCAACUGUCGACAAGAGUUCUGCAUGUACAGAGAAACUCCAUUAGCAGCAGAAUUCUCCAGCAACUUGCAAGGCUUCUUCUAUCCCAUCUUUCUUCCAAAUGAACAGCCCCUGCAUUUGUUUUAUGGGACAACCUUACGAGGACAGCACCUUUUGGCGAGAAGAUGGGUUACAGAUAGAUUGUUCUGCCCUCUAGCAAAACUAGUCUCAUAACUUGAAAGGACGUGGGCUUGUAUACUGUUCACUUGCACCCCAAAAGUUUGAGACUGAGAGUUGCAUUAGCCUGUUGAGAGUCCGGCUUUCCAUCUGGGCGCCUUCUUGUGACCCUAACAAAGGACAAAGAACCUUUUUCAGAGUCCAAAUCACAAUCAUUUUCCACCACUACAAAUGCUUGUAGAUCUCGACUGCAUUGAUAUUCAAACACAGAUAUCAUUUGUGUACAACAAUCCAAGACCUAAAAGAGGGUGGCUGGGACCUAACUUUUGAUCGUCAAGGUAUCCCGAUAGUGAAAUUUGAUAAAUGUAAAUAUGUAACACAAGAAUAUGGAUUGAGGAGACGUUAGCUUAAUCUAGUUUCAUAGUUUGAUGUGAAGGAGAAGCGUUGUGUUUUGUUGUUUUAAUGCUUGAGUAAGAGUAAUUUUGACUGCAUCCAAAAUUAAAUAUCAUUACUGGAUUUGAGUAAUGGCUGCGCAAUUUUAUUCCCUUAUAUUGACAUCGCGUGUGCGUCUAACUGACCAUGUCUCUUGUUGUGGGAGCAUCGUUUGUAAAACUUCGAGCACAAUAGAGGUUUCUUGUUCGAGGGUAGGGAGGAAGAGAAUCCUGGGUAGAGCUUAUCCAUAUAAUGCCCUCGGAAGAAAAUAAAGUAGUGAUGAUUGCCACGAAUGCAGCCCUCGAGUACGUGUACAAUAAAGUCUUUGCCAAUUCUUGUCAACAUGGUGCGCCUUUCAGUAGAGGAGCGUUAAAACGCCACGAAAACUUUGACGGAAGUGGUUGGGCAUUUCCAUGGCAAAAGCUUCAAAACGAGUCUUAUCCGAUUGAGAUUCAUUCAAGGGUGUGGUUUGACUGGUAAACUACCUCUAACUCUAUCUAUUAUCAGUUUCACUCAUUCUAUUUGAAGUUGGUUACCUCCUUUGGUGCUUUCCUAGAGCAUUUCAUUGACCUAAGACACACUCCUUUUUCUUUUAAUAAAAGGUUGGUGACAGUGAUUUUGCCGAAUCAAGGGUCAAGGGCAAAAAAAGAUAGGUUCUUUCACUUCCAACGGGGGAUCAAUGCCACAGCUUCCCCUCGAUUUUCCUAACCAAGGUUUCAGUGGGUAUAGUGAUUGCUCCUAUACUAACAAAGUGGAGCAAAAGGGAUAGACUUAGAAUUGCAAUACCAAAUCAAGGAAGGAGUGAAGGAGUGUCGAAUAUAGGACAACUAGAGAUGACGUCGUUUUGUAAAGAAUUGCUCCAAUUUAUUUUAAUCCUUGGUCUGCCAAUGCUAUUAAGCGCGGGUAAGGAUUUUACUAAUUUUGUAUAUGGUCGUUGCAGGGACCUAAGCUUAAUUUCAUUGGUGAAUGAGACUUCAUCGUGCUCAUACCAAAGAAAUCCAGUCCAAAGCGGAUUCCUAAUCUUCGACCGCCUCUACAACGAGGUGUACAAAACAUUAAUGUAGUGUCUUACACAUAAACUCAAAUAGUUGAUGACGCAACUAGUCAAGCCAAUCCCCCUUGCACAUUUAUGAUAAUAUUGUUAUAUUUGCAGGAAACCAUUAACAGAAUGAGUUCGAAAACAAGGAGAACAACGCAAAUGGAGUGGGUAUCGAUCUCGCUAAGACUUACGACAAGAUAAGUUGGGUUUUCCUCCAAUAAAUGUUGCACGAUGCAUAACUAGCAACUAUGUUUGUUGACGUGGUGAUGAGGUGUGUUACCUUGCCAUUGUUCCAGGUUAAUUGAGAAGAUGAGACGACUGAGGCAUUUGAGCCAUCCCACGAGAUAAGACAGGGGUGGCCACUCUCGUUUUUCCUUUUUAUUACCCUCUGUAUGGAACGUCACAAUAAAACGAUCAAGGAUGUUGUGUAUUGGGGCGCAAUGGAGACCAAUCACUCUAGUUCGCGAAAGUACUCCUCAGUCUCACCUUUUUUUUUGCUAGUGACCUUGUAUUGUUUUCAAAGUCUAACACCAUUCUUGCUACACAAAUUUUGGAUUUGUCUGGAUCAAUUUUGUGAGGCAUUCAUGCAAUCAGUGCCCCAUGAGAUGUCUAGAAUUUUUUCCAUGCAGAACACAGGUAGACCGUAAAGUCCAGAAGUAAGGUGGCAGCAGCGCAUUCCAACUACACAGGAUCUGAGCAAGUAUUUGGGGGUUCCUAUGCUCCACGUUCCUACGCCCGUGUGUGAUGAGAUUGAAAGAAUAAUCAGGAACUUUGUUCAGGGGCGAAAAAUGGGAAGCGAAAGACGAGCAUGGCUCCCUAAUGAAACCUGGGUAAAUGUUCUAACGAAGAAAUAUCGCAAAUAGCCGGUAACACGGUUACCCCACACAGAUAGGUAGGCAAUUUAAUUCUUUAGAGGCAUCCGCAGAGCAUCGCAAUCAAUGUUGGAGGGAGUCCGGUGGAGAUAAAGGUCAAUAAGUUUCUAGGAUGUUA